UUACUCUGUAGAACCUACAUUUGUGGUUUCUUUCCAUUUCCUCGUCUCCUUUGUUAGCUUGUUCUUGCGAUCUACCCUGGGAGUCUUUAUCUCCGUGCGUGAUUGUUUUCGUCGACCCCGGUGGAGCUACUUGGUGGAGCGGCUGCAGCUUGUAGCUGAGCUCGCAGGGUGGUUUCCGGUGUUUCUACGUCUGCGGGAGGAUGGCGUCUGGUUUCUACCGCAUCCCCGCUACCGCCGGUCCUCCGACCUCCACUUACUCACAAUGCUGUCGGCUCCGAGCCAUAGACAGUGGUGAAAAACUUCACUAAGUGACCCGGGUUUUCAUGUUUGUUUCUUGGAAGGUGUGUUACCUGCAGAAAGUUUACCAUACAGAUUAUCAUCCCGUAAACUACAUCAAUCAGCUCUGUGCCAUCAAAAACCUCAUCAUCUCAGCUCUUAAUCCUGAAGUGGAAGAAUGACUGAGGCAUGGCAACAACAACAGCAGCAGCAACAGCAACAGCAGCACACGGUGGCCGCGCCUUCUGUAGUGCACACACUUCCCCAGACAACGGACACUCUGGCCUGCACUGUGUAUGGUGUUGUUCUGCAACCAGAUUCCUCUCUGCAGCAGCAGCAGCUGGGCCAGCAGCAUGUUGUGCAAACUCAGCAGGCCUCCAUGCAGCUUGGGGGCGAAAGAGUGCAUAAGUGUGGCGCCUGUGGGCAUGACAUAUCUCACUUGGCCAACCCCCACGAACACCAGUGCAUGGUGACUCAAGACAGAUCCUUCCAAUGCACACAAUGCAUGAAAAUCUUCAGCCAAGCCACGGACCUCCUGGAGCAUCAGUGUGUGCAGGUGGAACAGAAGCCAUUUGUUUGUGGGGUGUGUAAGAUGGGUUUCUCGUUGCUCACUUCAUUGGCCCAGCAUCACAACUCUCACGGCAACGGAAACAACCCGAUGAAAUGUUCCAUUUGUGAAAAAACGUACCGUCCCGGAUCUGGAAAUGUCACUCCCACCUCGUCUGCGGCCAAUCCUCAGCAGCCCUCUGCCGGAGAGACAUCUGGCGGCGGAGCGGCAAUCAGUGCCUCGUCCCCGCCUGCUUUUGAGGCAUCCGCACCAGACAGGCCAUACAAGUGCUCAGUGUGCCAUAAGUCCUUCCGCCAUUUGUCCGAGUUGACCCGCCACGAAAGGGUGCACACAGGUGAGAAGCCGUACAAAUGUGACACAUGUGAUAAAAGCUUCAGCCAGUCCUCACAUCUGGCCCACCACCAGCGCACACACAGCUCUGAGCGACCAUAUAAGUGCGCUGUGUGUGAGAAGAGCUUUAAGCACCGUUCUCACCUCGUGCGGCACAUGUACGCCCAUUCAGGCGAGCACCUGUUCAAGUGCAACUUGUGUGAAAUGCACUUCAAGGAGUCGUCCGAGCUCCUGCACCAUCAAUGUCAGCCAGAAGGAGAAAGGCCUUUCCGAUGCGGCUCGUGCGGAAAGAGCUUCAAGCGCCCGUCGGACCUGCGGCAACAUGAACGCACUCAUUCCGAGGAGCGACCAUUCCAGUGCGAGGAGUGCCAGAUGAGCUUCAAGCAGCAGUACGCUCUUGUACGCCACCGUCGCACUCAUAAAAAUCCGGCCGACCGCCCUUUCAAGUGCAAUCUCUGCGAUAAAGGCUUUCUGCAGCCCUCCCACCUGCUUUACCAUCAGCAGGUGCACGGUAUGGAAAGCUUGUUUAAGUGCGCGUCGUGCCAAAAGUCUUUUAGCCAAUCCGGAGAACUGCUGAGGCACAAAUGCGGAGGUGAAGUAGAAAAGCCCUACAAGUGUGACGUGUGCGGCAAAGGUUACAAAAAGAACUCCACGCUUCAGCGCCACCAAAACACUCACUGCGCAGAGAAGCCACUGAAAUGCUCUCUGUGUGACAAGCGCUUUGUGUCCUCCUCAGAGUUUGUCCAGCACCGCUGCGACCCGACCCGCGAGAAACCGCUGAAAUGUCCCGACUGUGAGAAACGCUUCAGGUACUCGUCCGAGCUACAGCGCCAUCGCCGCGUCCACACUGGGGAGAAACCUUUCAAGUGCGCCAGCUGCGACAAGAGCUUCAAGCAACGCGAGCACCUGGCCAAGCAUCAGAGCGUACACUCCCGGGAGACUCAGUUUAAAUGUGUAUGGUGCGGUGAGCGUUUUGUCGACCUCGCCGCUCUGCAGGAACACACGGUCCAACACACUGCCGAAGGGGAGAGUUUCCCAGAAGCGCCGUGCAUCCCGUGACCGCUGCCGUGAUCCUGCAACGUGUUACAGCCUCCACGCUCACCUUGGUCGUUUCUAUCUUGCGCUUAUUGUUGUACAGUAGCCUUUACGUUAAGACUCGAUUGUCCUUCCUUGAGUAAAAAGGCGAAACUCAAGAUCAGGAAUCUUUGAGACAGUUUAUAUCUGAGGUAAACGGCAAAAAAGGGGUGAGAUGUAAAAGGUAAAGAGCGCUUCAUUUGAUUAGUACUGCGUGUGGGACUCUCCCACCCCCUUCCAAAUGUUGCAUGUGACGUUAUUGCAUCUGUUUUUUUAAUUGUAUACUGCAUUGUGGAUCGCAAGACAGUGUCGUGUGUGCUCUUGUAUAUUGCCCCUUAUGUUCACGUGCCUUUUUUUUUCUACACGGAUCUUGUUUUAUUGAGUUGAUGUUCAGUAAUAGCCGACUACUUCCCAUUCCCGCACAGCGGUUGCCCUGUUCAGCAGUAUAUGUUCACAUACUAGACCAUAGAUAGUAUCGUCUGUGCAUGAGUAUUUAUCACACUUAAUAUCACUAUUGUAUUAUAGGUUUGUUUUAUUUAGAAGAGCUCCAUAAGAAGAAAAAACAAAAGUGGAUUUGUGAAAAGUAUAGCUUAUGUCCUAUAAAAAAAAGUGUUGUUGCAUUUUUUUGUAUUAAACGGAUGACAUUUGGUAACUAAUGCAUACCUAUCAUGUCAUAAGAACACUUGACAUGUGCAAUAGAAAUGCACAAUUUAAUAUUUAUAACUACUGAUUCAUGGAAUAGUCUACCCUGUUAUUAUAGAUUGUGUGUAUGCGCUCAUGUAAACAUUGAAAAUAUGUAGUAGUUCUGUUGCUUUACUUUUUAUGAAUACGCUUGCUGGUAUUUUGAAAGGGCUUAAGUUUCUGUUGGGAUUUUGACAUUUAUGCUGAUAAACUAUCAAACAUAAGGUUCACUAGUAAGGAAUUAGGAAAAAUACUGUGGUAGGUGAAAAACUAAGGCAUGGGGCUUGGUAAAUCCUUUCAGGAUUCCUCAUCUACACUUGAGUACUUGACUCCAAACAGCUUCCAGCUGCUACAUAUACAUUUGUUUGUACUGAGGAAAAUGUAUGAGUUAAUUUACAGUGUGAUAUUUCAUAUUAUGUAAAACCUUGCAGUAUAUUUAAAGAACGGUUUGAGGAAUUAAGCUCAUGGGUAAAGGGGUCUGGCAGAGGUUGAUCACUCUUGAAUUAGGCUUGAAAAUUCAAAAUUUAGAUUUGUGUUCUUAACUGUGCACAGACACGUAAAAUAAACCACCUUGAGGAAUAUCAAAGUGUAUGGAUUUUAUGAAUGGUGAUAGCCAUUUCUGUUUUAUGUAGGGUUUUUAGUUUUAAUGCAUCGUUCUGCAGAUGUUUACUGUACAUUGUGUGCAAAGAGUUUUGCAACACCGGUCAAAAUGUCUGUUUAUGUGAAAGCAAAUAGACACUGUCAUGAAGUUUCAGAUAAUCCUGUCCCACAAACCAUUUUACAGUAUAUUCAUUGUUCACAUUUUCAAAAUGACUGAAAAGAAGUGGUGCAGCAACAGAGUGUGCACAUUAAAAUGAGCACAUAACUAGCUAAUUACUUAACCUAUUUUUAAAAUAUUUUAUCAAUGUC